AGUGGGUUCGCGAUCCAGCAUUGACCACAUCUUAGUAGCCGCUUACCCAUGUCUAACGACCCACUCUAUGCUGAUCCCAUUCGUCCUCGGCGACAGCGAGAUGAAGGUGCUUUGCUUACAGGGUAUAGUGACAAGGACGUGCCAUUUCGGGGUGGACGACCAGAUAGACCGCACGUAAUCUCGAUACGUUGGGGAGGUCAAGGUGAAGACGACCCGGAUGCUGCACAGUUAAAGUAUAACAAAACGGCAGGGAGAGGGUCCAGACGGCGAUGGACGCUAUGGGUGUUUGGCGCUUGCGCUCUAAUGCUACUCGUAUGGAGCUACUGGGGUGGCAAAUCCAAUAUUGUCAAGGAAGGCAUCAAAAAUACGACAGAUACAACGGAAGCCAUCGGACCACUUCAAGGCCCUCUCCCCACGUCCAAUGUGACAGUCUGGACCUCUCGCGCUGAGGCGGUUACUGCUGCAUUCCGGCAUGCAUGGAACGGCUACGAGAAACACGCGUGGGGGUUCGACGAGCUUCGACCCAUUACUCGCGCUCCCUCUACAUGGAUGAAUGUCGGUAUGACCAUUGUGGAUGCAUUGGACACGGCGUACAUUAUGGGUCAGGAAGACAUAUUCGAUAAAGCCUUAUCAUGGGUGACGAAGGAUCUAAAGUUUAGCCAUAACACGGACUCGAACGUUUUUGAGUUGACGAUUCGAGUGCUCGGCGGCCUAUUAUCUGCUUACCAUCUCUCAGGGGGACGUCAUUCUUCUCUCCUUGAUCGGGCUAAAGAGUUGGGAGAUAUCUUGCUUGUGGCAUUUGAUACGCCUACAGGUCUUCCGCUCGAGUCCAUCAAUUUUGCUACUCGCAAAGCGCGGGCAGCGAAUUCAGGCAUAGGACCGGGAAGUACGGCGGAGGUGGGAACGCUAGCAAUGGAGUUCAAAUAUCUGAGUUACUUGACAGGGGACAAAAAGUACUGGAACGCAGUACAGGAGGUCGGACGGGUUUUGGGGUCAUUGGAAAAGACGGAUGGUUUGGUUCCUAUUUAUGUGGAUACGGACAGUAAAGGCUGGAAGGGGCGGGAGAUUAGACUCGGCAGCAGAGGAGACAGCUACUAUGAGUAUCUCGCAAAACAGUACCUAUUGACCAAUGAAGAGUUUUAUCUUACUGAAUAUCGCAAGGCAGUGAUUGGGAUAAGGAAACACCUUCUAGGACUCACAGCCCCUAAUCAAUUGUUCUUUGUUGGCGAACUCCCUCAGGGCGUGUCGGAAACACCGCAGCGCCUUCAUCCAAAGAUGGAUCAUCUUGUUUGUUUCCUUCCCGGUACGCUAGCUCUUCUCGCUACCCGUGGUCAGCGCGUUACAACGAUGGCAGAACGGUUCCAAAUGAAUGAAGUGGAUCGAUUGGAUCUGGAGCUCGCUGAAGAGUUGGGAACAAGUUGCUGGGAAAUGUAUCGACAGACGGCCACAGGGUUGAGUCCUGAGAUUGUGUAUUGGAGAGCGGAUGAUCCAACCAAGCAGCCGACACUUGCAGAGACGGAACUUCUUAAACAUCAAAGCGGCGCCACGGGUAGUCGACCACCGACUCAUGUCGAUCGCUACAUAAAUGGCUCACUUCUCACCGACAUUCCCGUCGCCACUCUCCCUAUUCAUGCCGCUACGAUUCGACCACUCAUUAAAAAGGGCAUUGAAAUCGAUUUUGAAAUCCAUGCAAUGGACGCGCACAACUUGCUGAGACCAGAGACCAUUGAAAGUUUUUUUGUGCUCUGGAGAGUUACGGGGAAUGAGAUUUGGAGAGAAUGGGGAUGGACAAUGUUUGAGAGGUUUGAAAAGUGGGCCAAAGUCGACGGUGGUUAUACUAGUCUGAACGAUGUUCGUAAAACGCCACCACCCCCACGAGACAAGAUGGAGACAUUUUUCCUUGGAGAGACGCUAAAGUAUUUCUACUUGUUGUUUUCGGAUGAGCAAGGUCCAAGAGGAGUCCCACUGGACAAGUAUGUGCUCAAUACGGAAGCACAUCCAUUUCCCAAGUUUGACGGAAAGGGGAUUGGGACGUUAAUAUGAGAAGCACAGCCAAAAAAGACACAAACUGAUGCAUACAGACAAUCCAUAACAAUAAAUGUGACAACAAGGCUCACUUUGUAUAAUGUAGAUAUCCACCAAGGCAGAUGGACCCAUCAAUAUGUAAACAUGAGUAUGUCUACAUACGCGCGGAGAUACUAGAAGAAAAUGUCAAAUCGGCCUGUCAUCGGCGUACAAUAUCAAGGUUGUCGCUUCUUAAUCCAGUCUUCGACCAGGCCCACCACCUUUCUUGCAACCACAACCUCGCUCUCCAUGGUUGAAAACACUGACUCAAAUCCAUUUACAAACCACGCUCCAUCAUCCAACUCUACCGGCAUGCCUGUGCGUUCCUUUGGUGUCAGCACCGGAUAGGAAUCCCACUCUUUUCGGAUGACAUCGCCCUGUAUGCUCUCAAACAAUGCAGUCAGCAAAGAAUCCUCCAUUUUGCUUGGUGAAAAGAUUUUGAUGAUACUGUCAGAGGAGUUUCGCAAUUCUGAGAGGAUGGAGAUGGAAUAGAAUGGAAUGGACGGGUUAGGAGCGGUGAAGACCGUGUCCGGGACGGGGGAUCCGGAUGCGAGGUUAAAGUACGAU